ACUCCGUAACAUUUAUCCGGUCACAACAAACAAGAAUGAGCAGCAGAGUAUGCCUGCCGCUCUCCAUCACACUUGCCACUGACAAGAGGAUAGGGAUUACUCCUCGCUUGGGCCCCGCAGAGCUCAAUUGCAGAAACCCACUCUCAUUUCUAACUUUAUCGGCUAGCAGUUUUGCUUCUAUCAAUUACUCGCCUUCUAUGGACGUGUCUCUCGCCGCUAAAGCUUAUUCUUCUGCUAGUGAUAAUGAAGCUGUCACAAGUGGGGAAAAUGACUUGCUCAUCGUCGGACCUGGUGUGCUAGGGCGUUUAGUCGCUGAAAAAUGGAGAGAGGAACACCCAGGUUGUCAAAUUUUUGGACAAACAAUGACCGCUGAUCAUCAUGAUGAACUGAUCCAAAUGGGUAUUAAACCAACUUUGAAAGAAACCAAGCUUUCUAUCAAGUUCCCUUAUGUUAUUUUCUGUGCUCCUCCGUCCCGCACUGAAGAUUAUCCUGCUGAUGUCAGGGAGGCUGCAUUGAAAUGGAAUGCUGAAGGUUCUUUCAUGUUCACCUCAAGUUCCGCACCAUAUGAUUGCCAUGACAAUGGGCCAUGUGAUGAGGAUACCCCAGUUGUGCCGAUAGGAACGAGCCCUAGGACUGAUGUUCUUCUAAAGGCAGAAAAAGCUGCACUGGAAUAUGGUGGCUGUGUUCUAAGACUGGCUGGACUUUACUGUUUAUACAAAGCCGAUAGAGGUGCUCAUACCUACUGGUUAAGUAAAGGAACUUCAGAUUUUGGUGGAGAUCACAUUGUCAAUCUUAUACACUAUGAGGAUGCAGCUUCUCUCGCUGUUCUCAUCUUGAAAAAGAAAUUCCGUGGUCGGAUCUUUUUGGGUUGUGACAAUCACCCAGUGUCCAGGCAACAAGUGAUGGACCUGGUUAAUAAAAGUGGGAAGUAUAGCCAGAAGUUUAAGGGAUUCACAGGAACAAGUGAUCCACUAGGCAAGAAGUUAAACAACUCAAAAACGCGUGCUGAAUUAGGAUGGGAGCCUAAAUAUCGUAGCUUUGCUGAAUUCCUUGGAGUUUCAGAGUAGCCAUUGCUUUUACGAGGGGCUUCGUGAUUGGAGAUGAUUCCCUGUGUAGAGAAUUGAAUGUGAAUUUUCUCCAUGGUUCAUGUCUUUCCCUUUAUGGUCUCUACUCUACAAUAUUUUGACAUUGAUCAACAUAUGCACUUACAACUAUUAAGAGUCUUUUACUUUAGUAAUCAUGUGUUAUUUGUACGACUUGAAGUGGUUGCAUUAUUUGUUCACCAUUGAUGAGUUGAUGACAAUACCAAGUUUAAAAGGCCAUUACCAAGUAAGGUUGAAAACAAUGGUAAAGUGUGUUACAGUACUAGAUUGC